GGGGUUGGCGCGCACCGCCUGGGAGGGCCUCUGGGGAGCCCGGGCCCGCCGCCCGGCGUCAGCUGCUCUGCGCUGUCUCGCUGUCACCCGGCGUGGGCCGGUCGGGCCCGGUGCCCGGAGAGCGGCCGGGGAGACUGCCGAGGCCGCGAGGAGGACCGGAUGACCGGUUUGCGGCCGGGAGCGUAGUGGCCGGGAUCGGGGCACGCUGCCCUGGCCUCGCCCGCCGUGCGGGGUCGCGCUCGCUGCCUGGGAGUUCAGGGUGGAGACCACAGUUGGCGGGUCGCCGAGAAGGAGGUGAAUCUACCCCUGGCUGACUUUAGAAUUCUUCUGGCUUUUAAUUUUCUUCCUUUUAAAAUAACUCGGACGGAUAAAAGAUGUGCCAUGGCAGGAUAGCACCAAAGAGCACCUCAGCGUCUGCCGCGGCCUCGGUGGGACAUGGAGUGUUCCUUCCACUGGUGAUCCUUAGCACCCUCCUUGGAGACGGGCUUGCCUCAGAUACCCAGAAAUUUCGGAAACAGUCUUUUUUCUUUUCUUUGCCCUUCCCCAUUCCACAAACUAGAGUGUGUUCCCUGCCCCCGGAGCCAGAGAAUGGCGGCUACGUCUGCCACCCCCGGCCCUGCAGAGACCCCCUCAACUCUGGCAGUGUCAUCGAGUACCUCUGUGCCGAAGGCUACGUGUUAAAGGGCGAUUACAAGUACCUGACGUGUAAGAAUGGCGAGUGGAGACCAGCCAUGGAGAUCAGCUGCCAUCUGAACGAGGAGAAAGACACCAAGACGUCACUCGGGUCCCCCACGCUGUCCAUAGUGGCUUCCACCGCCAGCUCCGUGGCACUCAUUCUCCUCCUUGUGGUGCUGUUUGUGCUGCUGCAGCCCAAGCUGAAGUCUUUCCAUCACAGCAGGCGUGACCAGGGCGUGUCUGGGGACCAGGUCUCCAUCGUGGUGGAUGGAGUCCAAGUGGCGCUGCCGUCCUAUGAGGAGGCCGUGUAUGGCAGUUCCGGUCACUGUGUGCCGCCCGCCGACCCCAGAGUGCAGAUCGUGCUGUCCGAAGGGUCUGGGCCCGGCGGGUGGAACGGGCCAAGGGAGCAGCAGCUGCAGGACCAGGGCGCCUGCUCCUCCGCGGGUGGAGAGGAGGAGGCCCCGGGCCAGUCUGGACUGUGCGAAGCCUGGGGCUCCCGGGGCUCAGAGACUGUGAUAGUGCAUCAGGCAACCACCUCUUCCUGGGUGGCCGGCUCAGGGGGCAGCCAGCUGGCACACAAAGAAGCCCCAGAUUCAGAGAACAGUGACAUACAAAGCCUUUUAUCCCUCACGUCAGAGGACUACACAGAUGAUAUCCCACUGUUGAAGGAAGCAUGAGGUUUGCCGCCGGCCUCUCCUCUCUGCCAUGGUCCGCUCUGCCCUCCCGCCCUCCCUGUGGGUUUGAGCACCCUGUACGCCAGCCACCCGACCUGGAUGUGUGAGCUGUCUCCUGCGGAUCUGUGGAUCUCUGAGGGCCCGCAGGCCCACUUCGCUCGAAACUCAAGGAAGAUUCUCGCCACCUGCCUGCUGGACAGCUGGAGGAGCGGGCUCUUUGCCUGGCCCAGCCUUCCCGUUUGUGUCGGGGACAUAAUUGAAUGUGCUGGACUGAACCUUUCCUUCCCCUGAACCUCUGGGUCCCCUCCAGCCAGCUGUUUGGCGGCAGCCUCCACCAGCCCACGUGGGCCAGGGAGCCGCUGUGUUUACUUGUGCCUUCCCCCGGCCCCAUCCGGUUCCCCUUCACGCAGGCCUGUUGCUGUCCUCCGCGCCUUCGGGCUGCACUGCUGCCCCUGCCCCACAAAGGCCUGGGCCUGGGUCCAGUGUCCGCUGAGGGCUGGCACCGCUGCCCUUGCCAGGAGAAGAUCGCAGAGUGAGCACCGGGGAGACAAGAAUGGCUCCCAUCGGAGGGAGAGUGUGGGUCCCUCCACUGUGUGUGCAGUCGUCAUGUUCUCGCCCAGCCCGUGCUCGACACUAGUGGCGCGUUUCCGUGACCAGGAAUGGAGGACGUGGGAGGUCCUGCCAAAGCUGUCCCAGUACCCUGCUGUCUAGCUCAGAGGUGCCACCUCCUGGCCCUGCUGAAUAGAGUUUCCAGGAAUCAUCCAGAAGAUCCCCAGGGAGGGCAGGAAGGUGGCUGAUAAUGAUUGUCUUACUAAUAUGCAAGUUCUUGCCUCUUACUUAAGCAUCGGCCUCUCUGGCCUCUGGUUUUUUUUCCCCUGGAGUAUAAGGGGAAGUUGCAUGCUGCCUCCUGUGUUUUGUCCUGGGCAGCUCCUGUGUCCCUGCUGCCCCCAAAGGCCCGAGGUGAACCAUCCCUGGACGGGAGAGGCCGUGGGGCUGUGGAUUGCCCACCUGGUCAUUGGCAGGCAGGGCAGACUGCCCCAUUCUGGGCUCGCGGUGACGAGGGAAACCUGAGAGGCACAGACUGAGUCCCCAGACAGCUGCAGGCAGCUCAGCCCGGUUCUGAGGGUCCCCCUCACCGCAGUCACGUGCCUUAGUAACUGUCCCCAGGAAGUGUCCUGCUGCUUGCCGCACUGCUGCUCUUCCUGCUUCUGCCUCCCUUGCUGUCCCCUCCUCCUGUGCACAGCGGACAAACUGCUCCCCGGUCUUCUCUGGCACCUGGGGGAGAGGCUGAGAGACAGUCCUCACACACCCUCGCCUGGCUGGUCGCAGUGGGUGGAGGGUUGCAAAGCAGCCUGGCACCGGGCCCCAGUGUUGGAGGAGCGGGCUGGGUGCCCCAGAUGCUCCUGCCGGCUGUCUCUGCCUCGGUCGCGUCUGCAGUGCUGACCAGGCCAGGGUGGCAGAGCCCCAGCAGGCUGCUUCCAUCUUCAAAAGAUGUGACUGUAAGUAAGGCUUGUUUCUGAAACAUGGGGGCUAGGACAUUUCAAAGCUGACUCUGCCCUGCACUUCUGUGCCUCCCCUAUGUCUCUCUGUUUGGGGGGUAAGAGUAAUAAAGGGCCCAGUGUAUUUUCAAUACCCAGCUGAACUGGGCAGCUCCGGGAGUGGGUGGCCUGGAAGAUCAGGGGAAGGGCCUGUGCUCAGCCUCCCGGCCCCGCUCACACUCGCACUUUACUGCCUUUUCUUUCCUGGCCACCUGCUGCCCCUUGUCUUCCUUUCUCUCAGGGUAGGGGCAGCACCUGCUGGGCUUGGUGGCCACUCCCUCCUCUCCCCUCGCCCCGCUAAGGAGCCCAGAGUCCAGGUCCGAGUGGUUAGGUAUGGAACAGGUUGUUGAGGCUGCCAGAAAUAGAAGGCAGAAGCCUUUGAGAGAGAUGAAAUGUACCAAGGAACUGUCCUUGGCCUGCUAAGAGGCCAUUUCCAGAGAGUGCCUGCCAGCAGUCGCUGGCUCUGGGCCCAUCUGGAGGGUGGGUCCUGAAUGACCCAGCUGCCUCGCUGUGCGUGGGCUCUCCUUCCCCACAGGGGCUCCCUCGUCCUCCAAAAAGAAAGCAGAGCAACUGGUGUGGGGUCCCUUGUUUCACUGCAGAGCCUGCAGCUUUUAUUUCCAACCAUCCAAACCCUGAGUUCUAACCUAGAAUUUUUUCUUUUAAUGAAAGAUCUUGCCUCUUUGUAAUAUUACUCUGGGCUUUUCUCCUCCCUAAGAGAUUGCACUUUUUGUUGUUUUGGGUUUAUUCAGCCACAUAGGUUACCAGCUUGGGCCUUGGGGAGGUGAAAAGCCCUUCUGGAGCCUUCUUCCCAGUGGCCACUGUUAACGCCAUCCCAGGGAUCACAAACCCAGACUUGUUUGCCUGGUAGGAAAGGAAGGAGGGUGAACGGGAGCCCCUGGAGUCCUCCCCUCCCUCCCUCUCCCCACCCACUAUUCACUGACUUGGAUGAGGCCCCUGUGGAGGCCCAGGCCUGUGGGUGAGGGACCAGGCCUCACCCCUGCCGACAUCCAAGACGGCUGUUAGUCCUCUUCCCCGAAGCAGUUUCUUAGCAUCAGCCCUGCUGUUUCAGGGGCUCCUGGGCUUUGUCCCUUGCCAAGGAUUAGAGACAUUACAGCUGCCUUAAGGUGGGGCCCAGCUGAGAGAGCUGACGGUGGCAGUGGCAGGCUGUUAGAGGAGCCUGGAGCAGACAGGAAAGCUGUCCCUCACCUGGCUUUUCUGGGCUCCCCUUGAGGGGGGGCCAGCAGGGGGCUUGCCCCGGAGGAUGGUCAGCACCAAAGGACUUUUUUUUAACGGAAUUAUUUUGCACAUGUGAGCUGAUUCAAUGCAGGUUGUAUAUCCUGGCAACUUGAAGUUACAUUCAGUGACUUACGAGGGCCAGUACACGGUGAAAAUCAUUUAAAAUCCCCAUCCUUUUCAAUGCCUUAGUUUUGCAAGUAGGCUCUAUGAUUUGCCAUUUCCGAAUUUUGCGUGCCGUGUUCCCCUUUCACCCGGUGUGAACUGUGAGAUGGGCUGAGUCCUGGCCACUCCGUGAGUGCUUUUGGUUUUUUAAUAAGGCAUUUCAGUAUGUGUUCUACUAACCCAUUUGCGAACAGAACUGGAACUAAUGUUAUCUUCCCCAUUCAUCUUGUCCCACCCCCCCCAAAAGUUCUGUGGAGAAGCCGACACAGACAGGCGCGCCCUUCCUGCCUCAGUGGUGGCGGCGGCGGCGGCACGGGGACCAGCAGCACUCAGCCCUUGCUUCCCAGUCCCAGCUGAGCUCUCAGCCCGCUUGCUUUGCACAUAGCAGUGUCACUCCCAUUCCCAGGUUACAUCCUUAGAUCAGGAGUGGAUAUGCAGCACGCAUUUCUACACCCUUGCUCUUUUUCCUCUUUAAAGAGAAUAGACCCAGAAGGGAAGUGGUAUGCAGGCUUUCCAGCUGAACUCCAGAUGUGCUUGCUGGGAGCGUCCCUCACGGGGCCUGUGUGGGGGGGGGGGGUGGGCUCCUGCUCUCAGCACAGGAGAGUCCUCACCACGCUCAGCGAAGGGCUCAGAGAGGGUUUUGCUUGGUGGGCUCAGCGUUGCUGGGAAACGCCUCCUAAUAUCCAGUUGAAAACUUGGUAGAAUUAUGAGUGAAAACCCCAACGUGGAACCAUGUGCCAGGCAGCAGAGCUCUUUGGAGAGGGUGCAGGGGCAAAGCACUUGGAUUGCCACGCAGGGAGGAGAGAUGGGUGCAGGUUGCGGGGCCGCCCACCGCACCCUGCCCUGGCUUAUCACCACUAUGGACUUCUUUGCAGAAUGGUACUCACGUAAUGGUUUCAAGCAACACAUGCGUCGUUGACUCUGUGCAGGAUGUCACUCAAUCAGUUUGGGUUUGCUUUAUUUUAUAUAUAUAUAUAUUUUUUGGUAUCCUGUACAUGGCAGUGGGUGUGAAGAUAGUAUUUUAAUAUUUGUACAAAGUUUAAUUUAAUUUUAAUUGUUCUAUGUAUAUAACUGCAUUUCUAAAUAAUAAUUAAAAAAAGUUCUUAUGA